AUGACGCGUAUUUCUUGCGAUAAGCCUAAAUAUGUUAUUACAAAGAUCACUUUCGCUGAGUAUGGCAACCCAACUGGUACAUGUGGAGACUUUAGACACGGAAAUUGCAGCGCGCCAGCUACUUUGAGGCUAGUAAAAAAGAAUUGUCUUGGAAAACCGAAAUGUGUGCUUUUGGUUACGGACGAGAUGUUUGGUCCGAGCCACUGCAAGGGAGCUCCUAUGCUCGCUGUUCAAGCCACUUGUACAAUAGCUUAA